AAUGUCGUAACACUUGGUCAAAGGAAAUUUACUUGUUUAUUGUUAUUAACUUCGUCGCCAUUUCCCGGCAAGGACAUGCGCAAACACCCCCACCACCGCUCACAACACUUCGUCCUCUUCCCCCUCUGCGGCACCAAGGAUUACGGGAAAAGGGACACGGAUACGGACGGGGACAGGGACAGGGAUACGGACACAUCUCUGAGUGGAGCAGAGUGGCGUAUAAAUACGGCGCAGCUAUUGCGCACAGCCUCAGUUGGCGGACCGUGUUGCUCGCGAUUCCCUUUUCCCAGUCGCUGUGUCCGCGAGGUGAAAGUUUAAUCCGGAAAACGGCCAACUGUUGCAAGUUGCACUCUGCCCUCUGCAGUUUUAAGGCUCCAGGGAGCAAACCGCAGGAUAACGGCUCCAAUAACGGGGUUAAGUGCAACAAAUUGCGGGUGUGAAAUUGAUUUGUUGCUUUGUAAAGCAAUUGUGAGAUAAGAAAGCGGAUUGAAAUCGCACUUGUUAUAUUUAAAGCUGACCCCAUUUCAUAUUUAUUGGCCGUAACAUAAAAAGGAUAAGUACAAUGGCCAACUCCAAACGAAAGCUGCCUACGAAAUCCAGUGCCACAGAACUCUCUAAUGCGGAUAAAGAUAUUCCUAGCACAACAGUGAAACCUCCCACAGAAGAUGAUUCAACUAAAAACUCCUCCCUCCUGAGUUACUUUUUUAGAGAUUGCCUAGGCCAUGAGCUGAGCAACUUCUCCAGUUUUUCCCACUUUACUAGCUGGCUCCAGAGACCCGUGGACGGAUCCGCCUUGGGAAUCUUCCGGCUGCUCUAUGGCGCAGCUAUGCUGAUUGACAUCGCAGAGGAACGUGGCGGUGGGCAGAUGGAUGUGCGGUUUGGAGAACCACUGCACUGCCAUUUCCCACUCUUCAAUGGGAUGCGGGCAUUGGCCUAUCCGCUGAUGGGUUGUGUCUACUUGAGCAUGUGGCUGGGGGCAUGGGGCAUUAUGCUGGGCUAUCGAUUCAGGAUCAGCUGCCUGGCCUUCCUGGUGGCCUAUUGGUAUAUAUUCCUGCUGGACAAGCCGACGUGGAACAACCACAGCUAUCUAUUCGGUCUGGUGGGAAUAUUGCUGCUCUUCACCCAGGCGGAAUGCUACUGCUCGCUGGACAACUGGCUAAAUCCCCGGAGAAGUCGCUGUAUACCCUAUUGGAACUACUUCAUUAUCAAAUUUCAAUUUUUUGUGCUGUACAUGUAUGCAGGACUUAAAAAGUUCUCCCUAGAGUGGCUAUCGGGUUAUGCGAUGUCCAAUCUCAGCCAUCACUGGGUCUUCGCUCCAUUCCGCCAAGUGAUUGAUCCCGACCUGAUUGACCUUCUAAUCGUGCACUGGUUCACCGCCUUUUUUGACCUGUCCAUCGCCUUUUUCAUGACCAUUGAGAAGACGCGCCUUCUGGUCACUCCUUUCAUGCUCAGCUUUCAUCUAAUGAACUCUCGACUGUUUGUUAUAGGCAUGUUUCCCUGGGUGUGUCUGGCGGAGGUGCCGCUUUUCUUCAGCUUCGACUGGCCCAGGAGGAUAAGUGGUGGGCCAAAAACAUCGCUUCCUCAACCACCCGAUGCGUCGAAGGAGGUGCCCCAGUUGGGAAUCCUGGCCAGAGUGCGCACUUGCCUCAUCCUCGGCUACUGUGGGCUGCAGCUCUUCCUGCCCUACUCGCACUUCAUCACCAAGGGCUAUAACAACUGGACGAAUGGACUGUACGGCUACUCCUGGGACAUGAUGGUGCACUCGUACGAUACGCUGCAGACCUCCAUCCAGGUGGUGGAGAAUGAGAGCGGCCAGGUGCACAACUUAAAUCCGUAUGCUUUCACGGAAUACGAUCGCUGGACGAAGUACGCUGACAUGGCUGUGCAGUAUGCCAGGUGUAUAGAGGAAAAUAUCCGGGUGUCUCAACCGGAGAUGGCCAAAAACAUAUCCAUCUACUUCGACAUCUGGUGCUCCAUGAAUGGUCGCUUCCAGCAGCGCUCCUUCGAUCCGCGUGUGAAUUUGCUCCGGGCCAAUUGGUCACCCUUUGAGAGCACCUCCUGGUCACUGCCGCUGCUCAACGAGUUGAACCACAUGCGUCCCAAGCUGCGAACCAUCGAGACUGAGGUGCUGGCCUGGAACAACUACUCCGACGUGAUCUUUGUGGCUGAUUUCCCCGGACUUACGCUUACGAACUUUAUCUCACCGGACCUCAUCAAUUGCACAUUAACCAUCCUGGAGGGCAAUGUGCGGUACAGGAACGAGAGGGAUCUGGAGCCCUACUUCCUGACCGCCGGUAAGAGCAUCGGCCUCGAGAGCAACAUCACCCAUUUGGUGACCACCAUUGGGCAGAAACCAGCCUCCUAUCUUUUUACGUAUACAAACAAAACGAUGCUGGAGCAGGGCAUCACGAUAGAUGCUGAUAAGCUGGAGGAAAAGGAGGAGCGUUCCAUACUGCCACUGUGGCAGGAGUUCCAGCAUCGAGUGACCAACUACCAACAGUUUCUGGGCCACAUUGGCAACUGUCUGCUGUACUUGAUCUACGGAGUGCCCAUUCCGCUGGCAGCGCGGGAGAGAGAUUGAGAUUGAAUGUGAGGGCUUAGGCUUACUAUCGCAACUGUUUCGAUUUUCACUUGGUCCUCAUUUACUUUUAUUAGCGAAACGCAGUAUUUAGUACUAUAUCCUCCAAAGACUAAUCAUUUUGAAAGUGCUUUAGAUUGAAGAUGUAUAUUUUAGAAACAUUUUCUAUACAGAUCAAUCAAAAAUCUCAAAGAUAUUUAAUCAUUUUCAAAGUACACUAAAUAAAAGAGGUAUAUUUUAAAGAUGACUAAUCAUUUUGAAAGUAUACUAAAUGGAUGCUGUAUAGUCUAAGAACAUUUUCUAUAUAAAUCUUUAAAAAGUAAUUUUAUGGACCAUGUUUGUGAGAACUUUACAAUUUACAUAAAAUGUAAGCGAUUUAAAAUACACAAACCCCCAAUCCUAAUUCCAUUUUUCCGAUCAUAAAUAUUUCCAGUAUUGUUUUCAAUUAAUAAUCUUACAAAAUUGUGACAAAAUCUAUUUAUUGCUAAAAAAGCUGGCCAAAAAUGUGGAAUUCUCUUUUAAAACCUUAUCACAUUAAAAGUGCUUAAAGGGUCAUAAUUUGGUUUACUCAAGGAAUGUCUUUGUGUGAAUUUAAAUCCGUAUUCCACUUCUAAAGCAUAAAUCUAUACAGAAAUAAUUGCAUUUAAUAAUCUAACAGAGUUGUGACAAAAUGUAUUGUUUGAAAAUGCGGAAAUAAAAAAAAAAAUACUACCAAUCGAAUACCUAAACCGUGAAAACCGAAACAGAGCGAUAUAACCGAAUGUAUGGGUGAUAAAACUGAUAAUAAAUGUUCCAUAUUGUACUACAUCCCCUGCCAUUUCUCUUAUCGCAUAUCUA